UUUUAAGUAAGCCGCAUUCCGUUGCUAGGCUACCGUCAACAACGGAAUCUUGCAGAACCCGUACAUCGAUGAUAGCUACCGUAUGGUAAAUAUUGGAAUUGCGGUGUCCGUGAAAUGUGGUGAAAACGAAUACAGCAGGAUCUAUAACUUUUAGUCGCCCGCAGGUCAUAAAGACACCGGUUGCGGAUCCAUGCCCCAUCAGAACUGUGAAAUAAGUGGCUGCUUACUUGUUUUGUUACACAAAUGGGAGCAGCAGCGAGUGCUAAACGAAUUAAACCCCUGCCGCGGAAGCAAGCCGGCAUAACACCCAGAAGUGUGCCUGACAGCCUGAUUCUGGAAAGUCCAAGGAAUGUCAAAAACAUGGUAAAGACCACGCACAAUGUACAGAUGGCGAAUAUCACAGAAGAAAGUAAUUUACAAAAGCACUUAAAAGAACAAGAAGAGAAAGCAAAGAAACUGGAGCAGUAUUUAGCAGAGGCUGAAAGCAACAACUUGAAGCUUAGUGACCAAGUGAUCUUACUUGAAGAACAGCUAGAAACAGUGAAAAAAAAUUUUGAAUCCAUGGGAUCGUAUGAGGAGACAAUACAUGCCAAAGACCAGUACAUCCAGCAGUUGGAAGCAGAGGUUAAACUGGCACAAGACCAACUUUCCAAUGCUAAAAUCAAUCACAAAAGAAGACUGAAAAGUCUCAAACUUGAGCUGCUGCAAACUAAGCAAGAUGCUGCACUAACAGUCAUGGAGCUGAAAACAAUGCAAAAUAACUUGCAUCAUGUACAGAUGUCCACCAGAGAAAGCAAAGUCAAAGAGGGACUUGGUAGUAAUUCUAAAGAUGACACUGCAGAUGAUCGUUUCCGUUUGAUUGUGGAACUGUCUAAUCAGGUCUCACAACAGCAGCAGAGAAUAAAUCAACUUGAAGAUUUGUUGCAAGCGAGAAAUGAGAGAGUAAAGCAGCUAGAAGCAGAACUCUGCUCCCUUACAAGAGAUGUUACAAUGGCUUCUUCCAAUGGCUCUGAUGAUAAUAUGGAUAAAUGUAAGAAUGAUGCAAAUGUGUGUUUUACCCAAGAAAAGAGAUGUGAAGAGGUUUCCUUUCCCCACCUUGAAGACAACAGCCUGCAUGAGUUUGCUCACAAUGAAGCAUAGGUCCUUUGUAUGGAAUGCAAUAAAAAGGCACAUUGAAGAAGACAUUUUAUGGAUGCUUCUAUUUAAGUGUUGAGCAUAAAUGAAUUACUUGAAUCUGUUAAUAUGCAGUGUUCUGUUUUAGAGAAAGUAGACUAAUACAUCAGUCAUGCAGAAACUGGGUGUUGGCACAUCUCUUUAGCUGUUUAAUUGUUAACUGUGUUUGAUUUACAACUCAUUGAACAUAUUAUAUCAAAUAAUAUUUAUCCUGAGAGAGUUCCAUAACACUAUAUUAAAAAUAAAGAAAAACAAAACUGUAUAAUUUCAAUAUAUACCCUCCAGACAUGUUAUCAGCUCUAUAAAGAACAAUGCUGGUCUCAUACAAGUGUCUCAUCAAAGCUUGUUGAAGUGCAAAGAUUCCAGAGAAAACUAAUAUUGCUAGGAAAAUUUUCAGUAUUUUUACCACUUGCAGUGCUUCACAGUCAAAAACAGUGUUGGAGUUAUUUUAUUUGUGUAGUCCCUCCUGUUUUUGAUCAUGCAUUGUUUUUCAUUGAUGAUACAAUAAAUCCCUUAUUAACUUA